CCAACAUGGGUGUUCCCAAGUUUUUCAGAUGGCUCUCGGAGCGGUAUCCCGCCAUCUCUCAGCUCAUCGCCGAGAACCGUAUCCCCGAGUUCGAUUGCCUUUAUGUUCGCUGCUCCCUUCCGAGGCCUGAUGGCUAUCUUGCGUUACUUUCCUAGCUAACCGGUUUACCCAGUUGGACAUGAACGGUAUCAUCCACAACUGUACCCAUAAGGAUACGAGCGAUGUACAAUUCCGGAUGACAGAGGAGGAGAUGUUCAUUGCUAUAUUCAACUACAUUGAACAUCUCUUCGGGAAAAUCAAGCCCAAAAAGCUCUUCUUCAUGGCUAUAGAUGGCGUUGCUCCUCGCGCCAAGAUGAACCAGCAGCGUGCUCGUCGUUUCCGUACCGCGCUGGACAACGAAAAGGCCAGAGAUAAGGCGAUUCGUGAGGGCAAGGAACUGCCCAAAGAAGAACCUUUCGACAGCAACUGCAUUACACCUGGAACCGAAUUUAUGGCCAAGCUGUCGCAACAGCUGAGGUAUUUCAUCAAUAAGAAGGUAUCAGAAGACAGGGACUGGCAACAGCCCGAGAUUGUCCUGUCUGGACACGAGGUCCCUGGUGAGGGUGAGCACAAGAUCAUGGAGUACAUCCGCAAUGCGCGCGCUCAACCCGACUACGACGCGAACGUCCGUCACUGUUUGUAUGGUCUCGACGCCGAUCUGAUCAUGCUUGGCCUCCUCAGCCAUGAUCCUCACUUCUGCCUUCUGCGCGAGGAAGUUACCUUUGGCCGCGGCCCAGCUAAGCAUAAGGCAAAGGGACUGGAGGAACAAAACUUCUAUUUGAUGCAUCUUUGCAUAGUCCGCGAGUACCUGGAGCUGGAGUUCCAGGAUCUCAAGAAACCUGGAGCCAUGUCUUUUCCAUUCGAUAUGGAGAAGGUUAUUGACGACUUCAUUCUCAUGGCCUUCUUUGUCGGAAACGAUUUCCUUCCCAACCUUCCGCGCCUUCACAUCAAUGAAGGCGCUCUUUCGCUCAUGUUCAGGAUAUACAAAGAAAUUCUUCCACGCGGCGACGGAUAUAUCAACGAGGGCGGUAAGGUCAACCUCCAGAGACUCGGCCUGCUUCUGGAAGAACUCGGCAAGGAGGAGUAUCGCUUUUUCGAACAUGAACAUGAGGAUCAAAGCUGGCUUCGGGCCAAGAAGAUGCUCGAAAAUGACGAGACAGAGACAGCAAAGGCCAAGAUCAAGGGCAAGCUCAUCGUCACCACGAAUCAGAAGAACCUCUGGAAGCAGAAGAUUCGGAAAUUCCUCACCAACAGGAGUACUAACACCCUUGAUCUCGGUACCGAGUUGAAGGCCGAGGACCGCAAGUUUGUCCAAGACCUGGCUGAUACUGCCCACAUUUCUUGGGCAACUAAGGAAGAUGAUGAGGGACACCGCCACCUAAUCUUGUCCUUCCCCGAGAGAGAUGACGAGUCGGAGGAGGACGAGGAAGCCCAGUCAGCCGUUCUCCGUAUCAUCAAGAAGUACGACAACGCCCAAGUCCUGGAUCUAACUGCGGCCGACUCGAAGGCUGCCAUGGAGGUCAAGUACCAGCAAAAGUUCCAGGAGUGGAAAGACCAGUACUAUGCCGAGAAGUUCGAGGAUUGGACCCCGGAAAACAAGGAGGAUGAACUCCGCAAGUUGACGGAGAAUUACGUCCAGGGUCUUCAAUGGGUGCUCUACUACUACUACCGUGGUAUUGCUUCUUGGCCCUGGUUCUAUCGCUACCACUAUGCUCCCAUGAUUUCCGAUGUCAUGAAAGGCCUGAAGGCCGACCUCAAUUUCAAGAUGGGUCAGCCGUUCAAGCCAUAUGAGCAGCUGAUGGGUGUCUUGCCAGACCGCAGCAAAAAGAUUGUGCCGACAGUGUAUUGGGAUCUUAUGACGAACCCCGAUUCUCCCAUCAUCGACUUCUACCCAAGAGACUUUGAGCUCGACAUGAAUGGCAAGAAGAUGGACUGGGAAGCCGUCGUCAAGAUUCCCUUCAUUGACGAGAAGCGGCUGCUCACAGCAAUGGGCCCCAAGAACGAACUCCUCUCGGACGUUGAGAAGUCGAGGAACGAUUUUGGUGUCGCCCUCAAGUUUACGUAUUCCGAUUCAGUGGAUUUUGAAUACCCUUCCUCCCUUGUCGGAGUCUUCCCGUCCAUCGCCCACUGCCACUGUAUCGAGAACAUUUUCGAUCUUCCGCCCGUGGAGGGACUGGAGUAUCGUGUUGGUUUAACCGACGGUGCUCUGCUGAACGAGGAAGCGCUGGCUGGAUUCCCUUCUCUGGCUACUCUGCCAUACACCGCCUCUCUUGGAUUCCAUGGCGUCAAUGUGUUCCAGUCGGAGAGUCGCAACCAGAGCAUGGUCGUCAAUGUCCUGGAUACGGAGAAGCGCACCAACGUCGAGGAAGCGAAGCGCAAGCUUGGAAAGCGCUGCUUCGUUGGCUAUCCCUUCCUUCAAGAGGCUAAAAUCGUGGGCGUAUCCGACGAGCUUUUUGAUUAUCAAUUGGCAGAAGAUGGUAGCGGACAGGUGGUAUCGCGUAAUCAUUCCUCGCGGGACAUCGAGCAAUGGGGCAAGACGGCUCACCGCAUUGAGAACUUCUACAGCAAGCGGCUAGGUAUAUUGAUCGGUCAGGUGGAGUCGUUGGUCCACGUGCACAUGCUCAAGGGCCUGACCAAAACCGAUGAAGGCGCUACAGUGAAGGAGUACGGCCCGAUUCCCGGCAUGGAGACGGACUAUGCCGCACAGAUCAUUGUCGACGAGGUUGUCAACGAGGAUGAACGUUUCAUUGAGAGGGCUGCCUUGCCUCUUGAGGAAGAGUUUCCCAUCAAGUCCGUUGGCUUCUUCUUGGGCGAAUUCAACUAUGGCCGCCCAGUUGAAGUUGAAGGUUACAGCAACAACAAGCUUGUUGUCUUGCUUGCCGCCUUGAAAGAGCGGGAACCGGAUUUUGCUCGCCAGAUUAUGUUGGACGCAGAGCGGAACAACCCAUAUUCCCCGUCAUGGAAGGUUGCGAGGGAAUUGGACCUUCACUCUCUUACUUUGAGCAAGAUCACGUCGUCCUACUUCAUCACAACACUUGGCGGCUUGCGGGUCAACCUAGGCCUCAACCUUAAGUUUGAAGGCAAGAAGCAGAAAGUGCUUGGCUAUUCCCGCAAGUCCGCAACCGGUUGGGAGUUCAGUCCGCUUGCUACCGCGAUGCUCGCUGAGUAUAUGACAAAGUUUCCAGAUUUCUUUGCUGCCGUUAAACAGAAUCCCUCUAGCGCCGAGCUGACUGAGACGGAUCUCUGGCCCGAGCCGGCUGUUGCCUCGGCUAGAGUGAAGGAGAUCGGUGCCUGGUUGAAGACACUGAAGACGAGCCAGAUGGAGCGAGUUCCACUUGACGCAGAGCAGCUUGAUUCCGAUGUUGUCAUGAGGCUCGCUGCCGAAGCCGACAGGCUGCAGCUCGGACAACUAGCUGCAGCGAACAAGAGGAUGCCCAACGUUCCUCGCAAUGCUCUGCUGCGCCCUCGUGACGCGGAACAUCGUCUUGGAAACCAGCACUUCAGCCUGGGUGAUCGUGUCGUUUAUGUCGCUGAGGUUGGCAAGGUUCCCAUCGCCUACCGUGGAACUGUGGUGGGUAUCAGCCGCGUCCCGACGGCCAAGUUGCUGGAUGUGGUCUUCGAUGUUACUUUCAUGAGUGGGACCACUCUCGGUGACCGGUGCCCUCCUUUCCGUGGCCAGACGGUGCCAUCCCACACCUGCCUCAACCUUUCCAACCGCCAAGUCGUUGUUGGCUCCAAGGCAGCCAUGGCUAGACAACCCACCAAUCCUUCGGUUACGACACUGACGGCUCACGGUGGUUACGGGAUGCAGGCUAAUGGCAAGCAAUACCGUGAUGCACCCCAGCCUCCUCCUCUGCAAGGAACCUGGCGCGGUGCUAUUCACGGCGGUGGUCGUGGCCGGGGUGGUCGUGGAGGUUAUCAGUCGCCUCACCAGCAGAAUGGUCCUCAGCAGGGCGAGAACCUUGUCUAUCGCCAGGCUCCCAGCGGCCCAAGCGGUCAUCAGCAGCCCCAGAGACAGCCGUAUGGUCCGGACCCCGGCUUUAAGGGUUCCCCUGGCCCCGGUACCCCUCAAGGCGCUCGUGGUGGACGUGGCGGUAACUUCAGGGGUAACUUCCGUGGCCGCGGUGGCAAGCCAGGAGGUGCUGAUCAGUCGGCGCCUGCCCUCGCGAACGUCGAUGAUAACUUGAGUGGUGAAGCCCAGCAGCAGGCUUCGCCAGCUCCCGGCGUGUACUCUGCAGUCCCGCCUCCCGCUAGCCUCGAUUCGCCUAGGGGUGGCCGUGGUGGCCGUGGCCGUGGCGGUCGGGGUAGGGGUGAAGGACGUGGUCGUGGUGGUGCUGGUCGCGGUGGUAGGGGCAGCGGUUCACAGUAGUUGCGCCUCCGGGCAUAAGCGGCUCAAGCUACACCAAGCGUUAUGUGUUGAAGGUAUGGGACAUCAUGUACUUGUAUAUACUUGACUUGCUCAGUACCGAAC